AUGUCCAAAACAUUGAACAUCGUCGGAGGCUCGCUCGGCGGCCUCUUCCACGGCAUAGCGCUCUCACGCCUCGGUCAUCGCGUCACGAUCCUCGAACAGAACCCAGCACCGCUCCUCCACGACCAAGGCGCCGGUAUCGUUGCUGGAUCCAACACUCAGAAAUACUUUCGUGCGCAUGACCGCUCGCAGACUCCCUUGGCUAUCACGAGCAACGUUCGCCAGUACCUGGACCACAAGGGUAACGUGAUCGAGACGGAGAAACGAGCGCAGAAGAUGACGAGCUGGGACCUCUUGUACCACGUCUUGCGCGCAAAUUACGAUGGUGUGCAGAGCAAGUAUCUGGAGCCACCAAAGAAAAAAGAGGGGGACGGUGAUGUGAAGUAUGCCUAUGGCCGUGUUGUGAAUGAGCUGCAAGAUCUCGGCACGGACAGGGGUGUGCGCGUCACAUCCAGGAGCAGUAAAGACGGGACGGAAGAAACCAUAGUAGCAGACCUACUCAUUGCCUCUGACGGCGCCUCUUCCACCAUCCGCACCAUCCUGCAACCAGACGUCCAGCGCACUUAUGCCGGCUACGUUGCCUGGCGCGGCACAUGUCCUGAAUCCGAGCUCUCAGGCUUCACUGCCUCUACCCUGGUCGACAAGUUCACCUUCUUCCACCAGACCGGCAUGCAAAUUCUGGCAUACCUUAUCCCCGGCCCUGCGGGCACCCUGGAGAAGGGCAAGCGAUUGAUGAACUGGGUCUGGUACUGCAACUGCCCACAGGACAGCGCGGAGUACAUGUCCAUGAUGCUCGACAAUCAAGGCAAGCGGCACAACUUUUCGCUGCCACCGGGCCGCGUGCGACCUGAGGUGUGGGAGGAGCAAAAGAAGCACGCGGAGCGCGAGCUGCCUCCGCAAUUUGCGGAGAUCGUGCGCAAGACAAAGGUUCCGUUCUUGCAGGCCAUCACGGACGUCAUCUCCCCCAAAGCCUCGUUUUUCAAUGGGAAGAUUCUGCUAGUGGGCGAUGCGGUGGCCGGAUUCAGACCUCAUGCUGCGGCGAGCACAAGCCAGGCUGCUUUUGACUCGUUUUAUGUUGUGGACUUGGUGACUGGGAGGAUCAGUUUGUCUGAGUGGGAAAAGAAUGUCAUGGGCUAUGCGAGGGAAAUUCAACCUCAAAGCGUCGCGCUGGGGCAGAGGAGCCAAUUUGGGGAACAUCCACUACGUGGAUGACCGAGUCCUGGUCGCCGUG